UUUCCGGAAACGUCACAUUGGCGGGAAGUAGCAGCCGCUUCGUCGGGUCGAACGCAACAAGCCGUCAAUUUUAAAUAAACACUUCACUCCGGAGUGAAACUCUGCUAUAAAGCCGAACAGUGUGGCUGAAGUCGACAUGUCUACUUCGUCUGUGUCAAAGGGCUGCUUCGUGUUCAAGCCGAGCGGUAAGAAGAAGAUGAGGGAGCUCGGUUUGGAGGACCACUUCGCUGAAGGCUGCGAAGGUGCAGAAAACACUGCGGCGCGAUUCGAACUCUGUCAGCAACUGUGGGACAAACUCAAAACAGACACCGAGGCUUUACAGGAUGAGCUCAACAGGAAAGUACUGGACAGUUUGCUGGACUUGACCAGGAAGUGCUCCACCACCCGUCAACACAGCGACUGGGCAUCAAAGAUGAGAGCCAGUGAGAUUCCCACAGCAGCUCUGGUCCUUGGUGUGAAUGUCCCGGAUCAUGACAUGACCUUCCAGAGUCUGUCUGAGCUGCUGCAGCAGUCUGUCACUCCUCAUGUGGCCUCUGUUCAGGCCAAAGAGUGUGGAACAUUGAAGCAUUUGAUGAAGAGGGUGCUGGAGAGGUUAACGGGUACGGCUGUGGAUGAUGAGGAAGAGGAGGAGGAGGGGGCUGAGCAGACGAGUACUCCGCUCCACAAGAGCUCACACUGCUCCCUCAGUACUCUCUGUGAUUGGUACAACGCAAAAGCAAGGAAAUCCAGCACUGGUACUCCGGGAAAAAAGCGUAGUUCUCCAACCAAAGACGAGCACCAGCAGCCUCCUGUUGUGAUUAUUUUCAAAGACUUGGAGGCUUUCAAUCCAAGAGUUCUUCAAAACUUCAUACUCAUCUGCAGUCUGUACAUUGAACGUCUCCCGCUGAUGUUCAUCUUCGGUAUCGCCACGUCACCCAGCACCAUCCAACACAUGCUGCCCCACUCGGUGUCCUCCCUGCUGUGCAUCGAGCUCUUCCAGUCCCUGUCCUGCACCCAGCACCUGGCCACUGUCAUCGACAAGUUGAUCCUGACACCUCAGUUCCCCUUUAAGCUCAACGGUAAGGUGAUGCAGGUGCUGAUCAGCAUUUUCCUCUACCACGAUUUCUCCGUGAGGAACUUCAUCAAGGGCGUUCAGCUGGCUUUGCUGGAGCACUUUCACUCACAGCCUCUCAGUGUUUUGUGCUGUAAGAAGAAGCAGGCUCUGCUUAACGUGACGCAGCUCGGUCACCUCGACUUGGAGAGGGUCAGGCAGCUGCCGUCGUUCAAGAGGUAUGUGGAGAGGCAGGAACAUCAGGAACAGGUCAGUCUGCUGACGGAUGAUGGUCAUUUAAAGGAGGUUUGUCAGAGGCUGAUCAAGGACCUUCGCAAAUACCACAAGAACUAUUACCCCGUCCUGAGGUGUCUCCACACUCUGACCUCGUCGUUACCUCGGUACCCUCUCGGCAAACAGAUCAGGGAGCUCCAUUUAAUAUGCCUGGAGAAGAAUGUGUCGGAGAAUGAGGAUUACCAGUCGGCCAUGAAGCUUCUGAAGAUGCUGGCGAAAGACGAACUGAUCACUUUGCUCCAGAGGUGUGCAGACAUUUUGCAGUCCGUCAAGUCAAAAAAGAUGAGGACUGCUCACGUCCAGCUAGAGGAGUUGCUUGCCAAAUUUAAGCAGUUGGACUCAGCAGCUGUUGAAACUGCCCCUGUUGUGGAGGAGAACAUCACCUCUCCAGUGAGAAAUCUCCAAAAGAAAACCGACCUCUUCCAGCUGCAGAAGACGCUGCUGGAGAUGAACGAGUCUCGGAGAUCAAAGAAACUCAGUCCGUUUGAGGUUCUGCGAAAUGAUGCCCUUGAGUUCAUCGACGGCUUGGUGAAGAGUCAUCUGUGUCCGCCAGAGUCACAGACGCUGAACGAAGCCUGCUACUACAGCUCGUCUGCCACCGUGAGACGCCACCUCAACGCUGCCCCUCGUACCUCCAUUCAAGCUGCUCUCAGAACUCCCUACUAUUAUAUUCAGAAUGACAGCCUUAAGACAGAGGAUGGUUCAGUCUCCAAAGCCGCUCCUGAUAUCUGCAUCGCUUACAAGCUCCACCUGGAGUGCGGGAGGCUGAUCAACCUCUUUGACUGGCUAGAAGCCUACGCCACUGUGGUCUCUGCCGCCGAGGGCAACGAUCCAGAUUCUGACGAUUACGGGAAAGUGGAUGAAGUCAAACAUGCUCGCUUCAUCCAAGCCGUGUCAGAGCUCGAGUUUCUGGGCUUCAUAAAGUCCACCAAGCAGAAGACGGACCACGUGGCUCGACUAACCUGGGGAGGCUGCUGACCAAUAACACUCUGUGGUGCUUAUCAAUCGGGACUUGGAUUUAUAUUUUGUACUGUUUUUCCUCCCAAUAAAAAAAUAAGUAAGUCA